AUGAGUAAAAUACUUAGUACUAUCACCGGUGUAUUAGGACAACUGUUUGGAAAUCUCUUACCAAGCUGGGGAGACCCAAUGCCACUUGAGUUACCUGAACUUUCUGAGCUACCAGAACCAGAAGAAGGAAUAGAAGAUCUAGCCCCAAAAAGAUUAGUAGAAACUAGAAGAAUUUCUGAUCAAGAUUUAUGUAUCAAUCAUCUUGCUAUUAUUCCAGAAACUUAUCUAUAUCAAGAAGAUCCCUUAGCCAUGUUUGAAAAUGUUGAAGACCAAAUUAGCAAUGUUUAUAGAAGAGAAUUAGCUCAAUUAGGG